UGGGACCAUAUUUCCAUAGCCGAUCAUCGUCAUUAUCGAGAGGGAAAACAUCAGGGCCGCCGGAUAGGUCCAGACCUAAAAAAAACAAAAUCAACUUUUUAAGGAAUCGAAGUCUAUUGUGAAAAUUAUCGUAGCUCUGAAGAUGAUCAAUUUAUGUCGGAAUUCCGGUUUCCAUGUCAAAGGAAUUAAUUUGUGAUUUAUAUAACAACCUAUAUAUAUAUAUAUAUAUAUAUAUAAAAGGGAUCAAGCUGCAAGCUUUGUUUGGUGAUAAUUAGUUUUUGUUGAAAAUUGGGACAAUGGCACUUUGGAUUCAUUGUGAAACGUUUGGGGGGGUGUUGGACACUAGAGCACGUAACAAGCCCGAGGAGAUCAUCAGUUCAGCUCUCAUCGUCGAUCUGAUAUUUAAUCUAUGAUUAGUGAUCAUAGAUUAUUUAUUUUGUGGGAAUGGAAAUUAAUAAAAGAAAAAAAUAGAUCAAGAAUAACAUGCAGAUAUUGCAAAUUUUGCAUAUGGUACAAGCAGGUGUCAAGCUUUUUAUCAUUUGAGACUUCAAUGCACAUAUGUAUACAUUAUAAUGCACCUAUAUAACUAACGUGUCGUGCAGCUACGAAUGAAUUAGGAUGAUAUACAAGUUAAAUUCAGUUCAUAUAUAUAAUGAUAUCUUGGCUAAUCUCGGGGGUUGGCUUCAACCGUUUUACUAGUGAAUUUGUGAUCAGUUCAACACUUGUCGCUGUUUCGCUAACAUCUCGAACUUAAUCGGUUAAAAUAUUAUAACCCUUUUAUUGACUCUCUCAAAUAACAUGAGAUCAAUCAUCUUUUUUAUUUUAACAGGUCUAUGUUGGACGGAGGCUGCUGAUUGGUCCUAUGAGGGUAAUCACGGUCCACAAAAUUGGCCUGGAAUAUGUAGAUAUGGAAAAAAACAAUCUCCAAUUAACAUAAUACCGGAUGCUGCAAUAAAUACUGAUUUGGGAGCAUUAAAAUUUAUUCGCUACGAUUUCGCUUUUUCCAGUAUAAUUAAAAACACAGGACACACAGUGCAAAUCACUUUGGAUGGUGUUCCAAUUAAUUUAAUGGGAGGAGGUUUACCAACCACAUAUAUUUUGGAUCAAAUUCAUAUUCAUUGGUCGGCGGAGCAUACAAUUGAUGGUGUUCGUGAUCCAAUGGAAUUUCAUUUUGUUCACUAUGAUAAAAAUUUUGAUAAUGUCACAUCCGCCAGCAAAUAUCCAAAAGGUAUUGCCGUUUUAGCUGUUCUUUUCGAGUUGAGUGAUAAGGACAAUGAAGAUUUACAUCAUAUCAUGAAGGCUGCAAAUUUGGUGUCAGAUUGGGUAGGACCAAGUAUGGCUCAAAUUGAUUCAAAAGUGAUACCAUCAUUUCUUUUACCGAAAGAUCGUUCAAAUUUUUAUCGAUACGAGGGUUCAUUGACAACUCCAGGUUGUCAACAAUCUGUUAUUUGGACUGUACUCGCUGAGAAAUUGACAGUUUCAGAAUCACAGAUAAAUAUUUUGAAAAAUGUCAAGUCAAGUGAUGGAAAUAUAAAAUUCAACUAUAGACCAAUUCAAGAAAUUGGCUCGCGAGAUGUUUAUCAUCACAUUGAAGGAUAUUCGUCUUCAAGUUCAACUGCAUCCAGUUUACUGGUCAAAGUCCUGAGCUUUUUUAUCGUUACAUUAAUAGCUAUUUAAAUAUAUUAUUUAUAGGAAUUUAUUUAAGUUCUCGUGAUAUAAAUCAAUUCCACAAUGUGCCAUUACUGUUGUAAUAUAUUUCUAUUUUUUUUUUUUUUCAAGUUGCCAUUUUCAUUAUUAAAUAUAUUUUUUAAUUUAA